AUGUGCAUGCUACGCUACAAGUGGUAUCGCGGGUCUAUACCCUCCCCCGUCAACGAGUCCAUCCCGGGCUGUGGACACACAGAAGGAUGGAGAAUUGAACGCUGCGAAGAAGCCCGAGCUCGCUGCCGGGGCGAGUUCUGCGAGAGACCACAACCAAUCCUUCGACUCGAAGACUCCUACACAAUGGGCAACUGUCGCGAAUGCAUGGGUCUACGCCCUUUUGUUCCUUAUGCUCCUCCGUUCGAGAAUCCAGAGCAAGUCGACGAUCCCGCAUAUCAGAACAAAGAAGAGCAACGCAGGGCAGCUGAAGACCAGCGGAGACUGGAGCAAGAGCAGCAAACACAGGAAGAGGUAGAGGAGCUGCCUCAGUAUGACCCUCAUAGCCCGGAAGGGCAGGCGAUUCAUCAACAAAACAUCGCUCGCUACGAGGAAGAAAGACUACAGCAGCGAAGGGAAGCACACCGGAGAUAUCAGGAACAGAAUGCUGAAUAUGCGAUGCUGCAAAUGCGAGAGGCGGCGCUCGUCAAACGACGCACGGAAUUGGAGGCAACCGACCGAUCGCGGAGGAUCCGACAAAUGGAAGCAGAGACAGAGCGAUUGCGAGCAGAGAGACUAGCCAAAAAGGAUGAGGAGGAGCGUGGACGUUGA